AUGACUUACACAGGUGUGCAGUGGAUAAAGCGUUCCCACAACAAGAACGGCCACCUGGACCUCUUCCUCCGCUUCCUUCUGGGCAUCUCACUGGAGUCCAAUCAGAUCCUCUUGAAAUGCCUACAGCUCCAGACAGAGGGAGACAAAGAGAGUAUCCAGAAUACCAUCCAAUACAUCAAGGUCAAGUUAUCGACUGAAUGGUUUGUUUCCUCAGAGAGGUGUAUCAAUCUCCUCUACUGUUUGAUUGAGCUGAAGGACAACUCCCUGGUGAAUGAAAUUCUAAAGUUCCUGACCUCCCAAAGUCUCUGCAAGAUUGAGCUGACACCUGCUCAGUGCUCGGCGCUGGUGUACAUGCUGUUGAUGUCAGAGGAGGUGCUGGAUGAAUUUGACACGAGAAAAUACAACACGCUAGUAGCCUGCUAUUUCACAGACGACUGCGCUGAAAUUUUGGCAUCAGCUAUCCAAAUGCCUGGCUCACACCUGAGAGAACUCAGCAUAAUCUACAGCCAGCUGGAGAACCAGAAGCCCUUCUUAGACGCGCUGGCAAGUCCCAACAACAGACUAGAGUCACUAGACAUCAGUCAUAUCCAAGGGUUUUCAACAACUGAGCUGGAGGUGCUAACUGCUGCACUGAAUCAAUCUUACAGUCAGCUGCACACACUAAGGUUUCCUGGGUGUUGGCUCGACGAGAGCUGCGGUGAAAUUGUGGCUUCAGCUCUGGCGUCAGAGAACAGCCAUCUGAGAGAGCUGGACCUCAGCGACAACAAACUGACAGACACCGGGGUGGAGGGGAUCUCCACUGGGCUUAUGAGUCCACACUGUGAACUGAAGAUACUGAGACUUGUCCGUUGUGAGGUAACUUCCUGUGGAAGUUUGUCCCCUGCUCUAGCAGCCUCCCAGUUGGAGGAACUGCAUCUGAGCUGCAACACC